AUGGUUCACUGUGCGGGCUGCAAAAGGCCAAUCUUGGACCGGUUCUUGUUGAAUGUACUGGACAGGGCUUGGCAUGUGAAGUGUGUUCAGUGCUGUGAAUGUAAAUGCAAUUUGACAGAGAAAUGCUUUUCGCGAGAAGGCAAGCUUUACUGCAAAAACGACUUCUUUCGGUGUUUCGGGACCAAGUGUGCGGGCUGUGCCCAGGGCAUCUCCCCCAGCGACCUGGUCCGCAGGGCGCGGAGCAAAGUGUUCCACUUGAACUGUUUUACGUGUAUGAUGUGCAACAAGCAGCUCUCCACCGGCGAGGAGCUCUAUAUCAUAGACGAAAACAAGUUCGUCUGCAAAGAAGAUUACCUAAAUAACAGCAAUACUGCCAAAGAAAACAGCCUGCAUUCAGCUACCACCGGCAGUGACCCCAGCCUGUCCCCCGACUCCCAAGACCCCUCCCAGGACGACGCCAAGGACUCGGAAAGCGCCAACGUGUCCGACAAGGAGACGGGCAGCAACGAGAAUGACGACCAGAACCUGGGGGCCAAGCGGCGGGGGCCCCGCACCACCAUCAAAGCCAAACAGCUAGAGACUCUGAAGGCCGCCUUCGCGGCCACCCCCAAACCCACGCGGCACAUCAGGGAGCAGCUGGCGCAGGAGACCGGCCUCAACAUGCGCGUCAUCCAGGUGUGGUUCCAGAACCGCCGCUCUAAGGAGCGCCGCAUGAAGCAGCUGAGCGCGCUGGGCGCCCGUCGGCACGCCUUCUUCCGCAGCCCGCGCAGGAUGCGGCCGCUGGUGGACCGCCUGGAGCCCGGCGAGCUGCUCCCCAACGGGCCCUUCUCCUUCUACGGAGAUUACCAGAGCGAGUACUACGGCCCCGGGGGCAACUACGAGUUCUUCCCGCAAGGCCCGCCCUCCUCGCAGGCGCAGACGCCGGUGGAGCUGCCGUUCGGGGCGGCGGGCGGACCGCCGGGCACGCCGCUGGGCGCGUUGGAGCAUCCGCUGCCCGGGCACCACCCGCCCGGAGAGGCGCAGCGCUUCCCCGACAUGCUGGCGCACCCCGCCGGGGACUCGCCCAGCCCCGAGCCCACCCUGCCCGGCUCCCUGCACUCCAUGUCCGCGGAAGUGUUCGGCCCCAGUCCUCCGUUCUCCUCGAUAUCCGUCAACGGCGGUGCUAACUACGGCAAUCACUUGUCACACCCACCAGAAAUGAACGAAGCGGCCGUGUGGUAGCUUUAAGCGAACUGGGUCUAAGUAAGUGAUGAUCAUCUAGUCUGCUUGUUGUUACGGUGUACAGAAAUGAGUAAAUGUAACAUCUCUCCCGCCCUAAGACAAUGGCACCUUGGGAACGAACUGCGCCCGGCGGCUCCGCGCUGCUGCAGAGCGGGACGAUCCCGGUGUGCGUUUGUCACAGCCACGGGGACCUGCGUGUGCCAUGACAAAGGAACUGGUGAAGCUGUACAGUAACGCGCCGUGGGAUGGAUGGAUGAGUGUGGUUACCCCGUCGGAUGUCAUCCCGAGAGCCACAAUCCUUAGAAACUCCUCAUUUAAAAACAAACAAUGAUUGAAUGGAAAGGGGGAAAAGCUGCAAGAACUCUGAGCGCUCCCGAUAAGGAUGGUUCUGGCGUUCCGCAUUUCUUUGUUCAUUUUUCUCUCUCAAAGUUCAACCACGAGAAACUCUUUAGCUUCAGCCAUUGCAGCCUGCUGAAUACCAGGUGGGACAACUUUUCUUUCUUUCUCCUUUUUUUUUCCUUUAUUGUUGGGGUUUUUUUUUCUUUUCUUUUUUUUUUCUUUUUUCGGUGGUUGUUUUCUUCUUUUGUUUCCCUCCCCAAAUAACAAAUGCUAAAUGUUGAGCCCUCGGCACCAACUCUUCUACCUUCACAACGCUACGCAUACAAAACCUCCUCAUCAUAGCAAAGGUCGCCAACGGACCUCUAAGGCGAAUGACUUGAAAAG